AUGUUUAUUAAUCCUUAAGAAUAUGCAGCAUAAAAGAAAGAAGCUUUUAGAUCUGAAAUUCGUAGAAUGGAUAGAGAACGAAUUUUCAACUAAAAAAGGAUUCUAAUUCGAUAACAGAAUGAAAUGAAAGAAAAAGAUGAUUUAGAAUUAACUAACUUAAUAUCAUAAAUUUAACAAUGUUAAUUGAAUCAGAAAAUUUAAGAGUUAAGGUAGCUCCAUUAAUUUGCAUUUAAUUGUGUUUCAAUCAACAAUAAUGUCUAACUUGUUUAAAAUUAAGAAUUUUUAAUCACAAAUAAUUAUUUAUAGCAUAGCAUCCCCAGUUUGAUGAUAAAAGAAGUUUAAUGUGAAGUAAUUAGAACUUUAGCCAAUUCCUGUAAUCACCCUAUGUUUUUAUAAUAAUAACCAUAAUACCUACUUCAAUCUUUAGAAAUUUCAUAUCAAUUACUUUUAUCAUUAACAGACCCUUAAGACUUAAGCGAUGUAUUGUUUUAUAUAAUUUUAUAGAUUCUUAUAUAUUUAGGAAAUAUAGCUACAAAAUGGCCUGAAAUUUGCUAAUUUUUAGUCAAAUGCUUCGAUCGAUUAUUGGAGCUAAGUUCAUUAACUGAUAGUAAUCUCUAUAGAAACAUAUGUUUUUGUAUGCAUAAUAUAUGUUAUGUUAUGGAUAAUCAUAAUUUAAACAUUAAAGACGUAAAUAUUACAAUAAACUUUUUAUUAGAGAAUGACUUGCUUUAAAAUCUUAGAAAAAGGUGUUAACAAAAGUGAAUGUGAUAUUUUACAAAAUGAAAUAUUACAUCCUUUAACAGUAUUAUAUUAACAAAAUGAAGAAAUUGAUAACUAUUUAAUGAGUUCAAAAAUAGUAAAAUAUGUUUUUACAACUUUAAAAGGAGAAUAUGAAGAAACAACUUUGCAAGUAUUAAAGUAAUUUUCAUUAACAGAAACAAUAAGUUUUUCGAAUGUAUUUAUUAUAAUAUAAAUUAAGUAUUUAAUUGAAUAGGACAUUUUAGACAUUGCAUUGGAAUAUAGUAAUAAUAGAAAGAAAUAGAUAAGAAAAUUAUCAUUUUUGAUAGUGAUAAAUUUAGCUUAUAAUGAUCGUCAAAUAUCUAAUAAAAUAGUGAAACAUAAAAUCAUAAAUAGAAUUAUAAAUGGAUUGAUAGCAUCGGUUUUACAAGAAAAGUAAAAUUGUAUUUAAGUCAUAUAAAACCUUUAAAAAACAGGAGAUAACUUAGUGUUUUAAACCCUGAUAGAAUUAGGAACGAUUGAUAUAAUAGGAAAUUUCAUUGAUGAAGUAGAUACAGUGGUUUUAAAGAUAUUUAUGGAUAGUCUUUGUAGAUUUUUGAAUUAUGCAAAAGAGGUUCAAAGUAAGAAAGUAAUAGAGGAUAUCAAAAAGAUAUAACCUAAAAUAGAGUUAAUAUAUAAUGACAAUAAAGAUCCCAAAUUUUAAGAUCUAUUUCAAUUGUUUUUGCAGCUCUUAUAAUGA